UCGGAAGGGUUAGCCGGUACACGCUUUCUCCGUGUGUCUGAGUGAAUGAAGGGAGGUGGGGCGGGAGGCUGGGCAGAGUUACCUGAUUCCCUAUCUUUUCUACAGGGGCCGGGUUUAUGAAGGUGUACGACUGACCCUGAACGAGGGCGAAGGAGGGAUUGUUUUGGGAAGGAGGCAUACCUGCAAGGUCAGUUUGAAGGCGGGUGGGCUGAAUAGAUUCCAAAGCUACAGGAUGAGGAGGGCACCCGUGCUGGCUCUCCUGCUCUGGGUGUGCGCGCUCUUCUGCGUGGGCAUCGCCCUGUUUCUGGGGGGCUUCCUGCUGGUGAGGGUGGAGGUGAGCCGGAGCAGCUCCUGCGCGGACGCGCUCUCCCCGGGAGCCCCCCGCGGGGGCUUCUGCGAGGGGGCGCCGCGCUUCCGCAGGGCGGUGCUCCUCGUGCUGGACGCGCUCUCCUUCGCGUUCGCCCGCCACGACCCCCGCCGGGCGGCCCCCCGGCCCUGCGAGAACAAGCUGGGCGUGCUGAGCGAGCUGGCGGCCGCGCGGCCGGCUCACGCCCGGCUGUACCCCUUCAGGGCCGACCCCCCCACCACCACCAUGCAGAGGAUCAAGGGCUUCACCACCGGCUCCCUGCCCACCUUCGUGGACGUGGGCAACAACUUCGCCUCCAGCGCCAUCCUGGAAGAUAACCUCAUCCACCAGCUGGGGCAGAAUGGUAGGCGCGUGGUGUUCAUGGGCGAUGACACCUGGGAGAGCCUGUUCCCGGGGCGCUUCCAUCGCUGCCUGCCUUUCCCCUCCUUCAACGUCAAGGACCUGCACACCGUGGACAAUGGCAUCCUACAGCAUCUCUACCCCACCAUGGAGGGCGGUGACUGGGACGUACUGAUCGCACACUUCCUCGGGGUGGACCACUGUGGGCACCGCUUUGGGCCGGACCACCCUGCCAUGGCUGCCAAGCUCACUCAGAUGGACCAGGUCAUCAGGGACGUGAUUGGCCGGCUGCAGAACGACACCCUGCUGGUUGUCAUGGGAGACCAUGGGAUGACGGACACCGGCGACCAUGGUGGGGAGAGCCUGAAGGAGACCGACGCCGCUCUCUUCCUGUACAGCCCCAGCCAGCUAUUCCCCCCUUCUGAAGGGCAGGCGGAGCCUGAAGUUAUUCCUCAGACUGACCUGGUGCCCACUUUAGCACUACUACUGGGCAUCCCCAUCCCCUACAGCAACAUUGGCCAAGUGAUCAGCCUCCUCUUUACACGGGACGCCCUGGCAAACGGCACUUCUGCACAACUGGCCGAGGCACAGGCAUUGUGGAUCAACGCCAAACAGGUCAAUCGGUUCCUGGACACUUACUCCCAGAUUGCCAAAGAUCUUCCACUAGAGAGUCUGGCUCGCCUGCGGGGAGAGUUCUCCUUGUUGUCAGCAGAGUACAGUGCCCUGUUGGGGGAAAAUCCCACUUCCCCCACCAGCCCGGAGUUCGCUCCCAGGCUAAAAGAGCUGCUCUCCUCCCUCCGGAGCUAUCUGAGUGAGGUGAGGGAGACGUGCCGUGCCUCCUGGGCACGAUUCCACCCUUUAAAGAUGGCGUCUGGCGUCGCUGUCUUGGCAGCCACCUGUUUACUGUGCUGUGCCAUUUCAGAGCUGGCUGGAGUCAUUGGGAGGGGAGACUGGAAUCCCCUGUGGACUUCUGUAGUGCUGGGCACAGUGGCUGGUGGCUCUGUGGCUGUGUGGCAACUUGUCUUCUACAGCCAGGUGGACCUGCUGUGGGCUCUCUGCGGGGCAGCCCUGGUCUCCCAGCUGGCAUUUUUCUGGAAAGCCUAUCAGAUGAACAGGAACGGAACUUCCAAAAAGGCAAAACCCAUCCCACGAGCCCUCCUGAGGGGGCUGUCUGACCUCUCCGUUCCACUGUGUAUCCUUCUCCUUCGGUGUGCUUCUCUCUUCUCUGACAGCUAUGUAAUAGCCGAAGGUCGAGUAGCCACUUUUCUCCUCUUCACUCUGGGCAUCUCCAUCCCUGUCCGUCUCAACUGGGAUGGGCAGCUGCUGUCCCUGACGCCCGAUACCCAGAAGCCCUACCCCUCUCAAUCGUCCAUCCGCAGAGAGAGCCUUACACUGCUGGGCUGCCUGGGCUUCCUGGUGGUAUCCCUCUACCUAUCUCUUUCCUUCCAUGGCUGCCGUGAGGAGCAAGGGUCCUGCGAGCCCUCACCUUUCCUGGCCCCGCUUUCUAGGAUUCAGGAUGGCCAACUGCGCAACCUACGCUACUUCCUGUCAGUGGCCUCUCUGGUAGCCUGGGCAUACCUUGUGCGUAGCUGGCUACGUCACUAUGGAAACCUGAACUCCCCCAGCCCAGCUGUGUUCACGGCUCGCUGGGUGCUGCCCUUGGUCACCAUGUCGGUGGUAAUGUACUGGGCCGUCAGCUCCACCCCAGAAGAGAGCUUCCGCAACCUCCAGGAACUCAUCAGCCUGUCCCUGCUGGUCCUCCCCAGGGCUGCCUAUGCCUUGCUGGGAACCGGGGUCGCUCUGGUUCUCCUGAACCCCUUGACAGUGUACCUGAAGCCCAGGCAAGCCUCCCCGAGCAGCAUGGUGCCUCCCAGGUACAGGGCCAGCACGGGGGUGAGCCCCCAGGCUGAGCUGCACCACCUCAUCCCACAGAUCUACCAGCGCAUGCGCAGAUCUCUGGAAGAGGAGGUCACCGGCCAGGAGGGGGACGGGCGACCAGCAGUGGAGGCAUACGGCCUGGGCACAGUGUACUCGGCUCCCUUGCUGUUGGUGUCUGGGCUCCUGGGGCUGGGCCUAGCCAUGCUGCACCCCGAGGGUAUGGCACUGUCCUUCCUGCUCCUGCUGCUGGAGUCUGCAGCCAUCCUGUACAUGCACUCUGCUGCCUCUUCUCUCGCAGCUCCAGGCGACCACACAGAUGGUUUCUGGGUGCCCUGGGCUCCUGUGCUGAUGUGGGCCUUGGCCGCGACUCAGUUCUUUCACUCCACCGGUCACCUGCCCACUUUCCCCUCCAUCCAGUGGAACUCGGCCUUCGUGGGCUUCAACCAGAGCCACGCCGGCGCCCUGCUGCCCGGCCUGCUCGUCGCCGCCAACACCUUCUCCGCACAAAUCCUCCUGGCAGUCAGCUGCCCACUGCUGCUGUUCUGGCCCCUCGUGCGCGAGUCGCGGGGCAACAGGAGAGCCCGCGGGGCACAGGGGGAUGACGAAGCCGUUAUGGAGAUGAAGCUGAGGGAGAAUCCCGAGGGUUUCUCGGCUGCGCUGCUGCAGCUCGGCAUGCGCUUCCUCCUCGUUCACGGCGUCCAGCUGUUGGCCUCUGUCUGUGCAGCAGCUGUGCUCAGGAGGCAUUUGAUGGUCUGGAAGGUGUUUGCACCCAAGUUAAUGUUUGAGGCCUUUGGAUUCCUGGUGACCAGCCUGUUUGUCCUGCUGGGCUUUGCUUUCGUGAUGCGAGUGGACGUGGCCGUGACGGGCUGGUUUAAGCGCCUCGUUCCAGACCUCUCUAGAUAGCCCCGACCGUGAGUGUGCCAGGGGCUGCCCCUUCAGAGCCAGCCCUCAGGGCCCUAGAGCGGACAGGCGGACAGAGAGGCCAAAGUCGAGUCCAGGAGGCGUGGUUUCUAUGCGAGACAUACAGGGAUCAAGCCGAGCGCAUUCUGAAACGCCUUUCCCACCCUGGAUAAAUCGUGAGGCCUUGCCGAAUGACAUCUUUGGAACCAGCUCUUCAGGAAACCGGGCUGGCUUUGAAGUCUGUCACAUUGUUCCUUCCUUCAAGCUCUGUAUGAGAACGACCGGUGUAUCAUUUUAAAAUAUAGCAACUCAAAACCUUGGAGUUGGAACAAAAAGCUACGGAAGCUGGCGAUUUUACUGUGUUAACUGCACGGCGUUGUCUCCUCAGCACUGUAAGGCUUCAUCCUCUACUGGCCUCCUGCUCUUGAACCACAGCAUGGACUGCCAUGCACAGGUGAGCCACACCCUCUUCACCGAGGCUGGGGUAGAUGAGGCUGGCCCCUAGUGUGCCUUUACUGACCAGAACCCGGAGAUUUCACUGCUCUUUGGACUUUCCAGAUGUUGGAAGUUGGAAAAAUAAACUUAUCAGUCUAAGGAAAGACAGAGGGACACUAAAGUAGGACAAAAACAUGUGCCAAUUCUGCUUUUAAAAUCCUAAUGUCAUUUGCUGUUUUUCUAAUUUUGCACAACACUAGUUUCAUAGCUCUCCUGUGGUUAACAGUCACUAUAAAGUUAACUGGUUUUCUCAAACACUGCUUGAAAAAAGUAAGUUUUAAGAAUAUGAAAAAGGAAAUUUAAAGAUUCCUCCAUUUUAACUGAAAGGAUUUUGGAAGUUAGGUCCUGCGGAAUAGAAAAGUGGCUUUUCACAGCGUUUUUUUCUGGAUUGCUGCGGUGAUACAAAUAUCAGGAAAACUGUGUUUUUAAAACUUGUAAUGGAACUUGCUGGCGUUCUGCUAAAGAACAUCUUGUUUCAAAUGUUACUGAAACAUACAGGUAGUGGACAAAAAAUGGAAACACCAAUGUAAAGUCACUUAAUAGGGCACUAGGCCACUCCCUGCAGUCAGUAUGGCCUUUAUGUGCUGGGGCACAGAGUCUGCCAGCGUCUGAAGGUCUGCAGAGGGAUGAACACCAUGAUAAAGGUACAUCAGCUCAUGCCAGGUGCAAAAUGCCAUUCCUGGCCCCAUUCCAGAUGGUCCCAUUAAUGCUUUGUUGGGUUCAGAUCUAAUGACUGAGAAGGUCAUUGACAUACAGAGUAGCUAACAUCACUAUCAUGCUCAUCAAACCACUGGUUGACCAUUCAUGCUCUGUGGAUGGGGGCAUUAUCAUCUUUUAAGGGACCCUUUCUAGCAGGAAAGAAAUGCUGCAACAUCAGGAUAACAGUGAUCACUAUUAAGUAGCUAUUAAGCACCAUUAAGUAGCGAUUAUCAUUCACCUCGCCUUCUCCAGGAAGCAGUGCCCCCAAACCCGACAUCUGACCGUAUUGCAUUAUUCCACCGCUCAGUAGUACGUUGCCUCUGCUCUUUGCUCUGCUGGACUCACAAACAUGCAUGAACAGAUGUGAUCUGAUCCCACUCUGCAGAGUUCUAUGCGGAAUGUUUUCUGAUAAAUCUGGCUGCUCAUAACCCCAGGUUGAUAUUCGUUGUGCAGGUGCUCACUUGUUUUGCCUUGCCUUUCAAAUGAAUGCACCAAUGUCUCUGUCCACUGUUGCCCCUUGCUGAUGUCUUUCCCUCAGACUUCAGUGCUAACGUUGCCUUAGACAUAGUUGGGCAGUGCGGCGGCUCUGUGGCUCAGGAUCUGCACCUGUGGCUGAAAGGUUGCAGGUUCAAAUCCCGCGGCCGGCAGAGGAA